AUGACCGCCCGAGACUCGCGCCCCUCCGCGCUGGAGAACCUCGCGGCGGCGGAGAACAGCGCGCCUCCCUCCCCCCUCGCGCUGACGUCCUCCGCGGGCGCGGUCGCGACGUUCAGAUCCGCGGAGGCGGCCGCCCCCGCGAAUCGUCUCGCGCACGUCUCGGAGCGCUUCGCGCGGUUCUACAGCGACCUCGAGAACGAGAAAGCGUCGAGAAGAGAGGUCGAGACCGGGCGCAGGAACGCGCUGUACGACCAAGUCCAGAGGCUCGAGCUCGAGCUCGAGAACGAGACGAAGCGCCGCGCGGACGCGGACGAGGAGACGCGACGCGCGAUCGAGCGCGAGCUGAAAAACUUCGAACGCGCCGCGGAGACGCGCGUGCAAGACGCCCUCGCCGGCGUCAAAUCCACCCUCGACACCCUCGCGUCCUCGCUCGCGGAGCUCCACGCGGGCCUUCGCGAGGAACGCGAGCAGCGGAGGGUCGACGUCGAGCACCUCGCGAGCAGCGUCGUCGCCAAGGUGGACGAGUGCGCCUCCGCCGUCGACGACGAGCGCGUCGACCGGCUGCGACGCGAGGCGGCGACGCUGAGACGCGUCGGCGAGGACGUGCUGCGGCUGCAGGAGAAGGUGGACGGCGAGCGGAGCGUCCGCGAGGCUGCUCUCGCGGACGUCUCGAGCGCGGUGGCGGAGCUGCGGCGCGCGAAGCGAGGGGACGAGGACGCCUUCCACGUCGUCGCGUUGGGCGAGAUCGCCGCGGCGGCGAUCAACGCGGAGAAGGAGGAACGCGUCGCGGAGGACGAGAGCAUCGUGCGCGCGAUCAACGAGUACACGCGCGCGCUUCAGGAUGGGCUGCGGAUCGUGAACCAGAGCUGA